AAAAAUGGGUAGAUUGUUCCUUCCUCAAAAUCAUAAUGUUUUCCGUGGCCGUGCCUUCCAUGCUUAGGUACACACGCCGUCGUUUCCUCGAUCAAUCUUCAAAAGUAAGCUGCGAACAAGAAUAUGAAGAUUUCAGUGCUUCUCUGCAUCCUCUCUUACUUCCUCGCCAUUGUUGGAGCUCAGCAACAGCUUACCAAAUUAACUGCAGAUUGCGGCUUGGAUUUGAAGGCUUUCCCUUACAGUCCCGUGGGCGAAUGUGUUCAUCCAGAGUCUUGGCAAGUGAGAGUGUGGAACAACGUCAACACCACCCGAUGUUGCCGCCAUGGCCUCAAUUUCUUGUCGAGAGCCGUCGCCAACUCCUCAUCGCCUGACCAACCCAUUCUUCUGGAUUCGCAGCGGUGGGCCGAAUGCACCGCCCUCCUUUCUCUCCGUGUCGAUUCCUCCUUGACUUCCUGUGGGUUCGACCAACUCCACCAACCGAACUCUGCUUGCGCCGCCCUCACUCCCUCCUCGCUUACCGACAUCGUUGCCCCUGCUUUCGACGUCAUCGCCACCUGUUCGGAGAUCAAUCCUGUAAACUUUCUGACCGCUUGUUCGAACUGCACCGAUAGUAUCUCCGACGCGAUACAGGCCGUCGUCAAGCAUUUCAAGGUUGAUGACAAUGACAGCGAGAAGGCAGUUUGUAGCGUCGCCACCGUUACAGCAGUUGCCUCUUCUAGGAUCGCCAACGACACUUGGACUGAUGACUACUACCGGUGCUUGGCGGCCAUGGAUUCCCAAGGUAGAUUUUUGUUUCGCACAUGUGGACAGUUCCUGAGCUUUCGACUUCUGCUAUCUAAUUCAACAAGUUUUUCUUCUUGUUUCCUUUUAGAUGACACAUCGGCGAGUAGAAAGCGUGAUUUGGUCAUAUACAUACUGGCGAUCCUGAUUGCAGUGAUGGCGUUUUCCCUUCUCAUCGCUUUGUACAGGAUCAUUAAGACUAGGAAACGGCGCGAACACAAAAAAGGUGCAGGCAGCGAUGCAGCAGAGAAAGAGACCAGCGCAUGGUCCGGCCUCUACCGAUUCUCCAAAGCAGAGAUUGAGAAGGCAAUCAACUAUAGCAGUGACGGAUUCCUGGGCGCAGGCAGUGCAGGCCGAGUCCACCAAGGUGUGCUUCCCAGCGGGCAGCUCGUGGCGAUCAAGCACAUCUACACCGCCGCCACCAACCUCUUGUUCACUCGGGAAGUCGAAGGCCUCUCCAAAGUUCGACAUCACAAUCUCGUCUCCCUCCUCGGUUACUGCGAUGAGAAUGGGGAUAGGUUUCUGGUCUACGAGUUCUGCUCCAAUGGCAACUUGGCACAGAAAUUGAGAGGAAAGAGUUGUCUUCCGUGGGAAAAAAGGGUUGAGAUAUUGAGAGAUUGUUCGGUUGCGCUGAGGUUUCUUCAUACCCACCCUGACGGAUGCAUUGUCCAUAGAGACAUCAAGCUCACCAACAUUCUCCUGACGGAGAAGAUGGAACCCAAACUUUCCGACUUCGGCCUGGCGAAGAUGGUGGGCAUGAAGGAGACCCAGUGCUUCACUGACAUCAAAGGGACCAUUGGCUACAUGGAUCCGGAGUACAUGUCGAAUGGAAACCUCACCUGCGCCAGUGACAUCUACAGUUUCGGAAUUGUGAUUUUGCAAGUUUUGUCAGGGCGCAAAGUGAUCGAACUGAACACCCAGGCACGAGAUUCUCUGACCAGAGCGGCCAGGGAUGCGUCGUCAGGGAAGCGGCCGCUCACUGACUUUGUUGAUCCGUGCCUCCAGGGACAAGUGAACUUGGACGACUUCAAGUCGAUCUUGCGCGUCGCUGUUCUCUGUGCGUCAGGUUCGAGCAAAGGGCGUCCACGGAUCAAGGACCUUGUUGAAGAACUAGAGAAAACAUGCAGUAACACACAGAACAAAAUGCUUGAAGUAAGCAGACAAUAUCAAUCUCCAGAAGUAAUUGAGGUUUGAGUUAGAUUGGAGUGCCUUCGGAUGAAGGAACGAAUAAAUGGAGGAAAUCAGUGGAAUCGCGCUUCCAGGGCUGAAUUAUAUUCGUAGCUGAAGUUGAAGUGACUAGUGCUGUUCUUUUUGUUGGUAACAAAAUUAGGUUAUUUCUGGCUUCGUUGUCUGUGAAUAGAUGAUUGAACUUUGAUGAUUAGGGUUUGAUUUCCACUUUUUUGUUGUUGUGCUACACAAGUUUACAGUCUUUUGAUGCAUGGAGUAAUCUUAAAUUAUACAGGUGUCUUGUUUCAUAUAAAAGAACAUGUGAAUAGUGCGUACAGACGAUCAUGCAUCUAUUGAUUUGUUUAAUGGGGUAAUGUAAUUUU